ACAGUCUCCAUUUAUAUCUACACAGUUUUAAGGAGUUUACCUUCAACAGUAUAAUAAAUUAUGCUUUAAUGAGCAGGUGCAGCGCCCUCAACUUGUGCCGCUCCGUGCGCACACGGGAGGAGAAUUCUCAUCGUGCAGCAAAGCCCCACAUGACUGCAGAUGUUUCUUCACCCUGGGUGUUGAAAUGAGCAUGAGGGAAGGCACUUGGCAUUACUGCUCCAGAGUUUCAGCAGCAUGGCACACAUCUUGAAGACACUCAACAGCUGGUUCUGGUGGGAGAAUAUUUGGAUGCCAAUCAAUUGCACAUGGGAGCAUUUUGUAGACCGUGAUGGACUUGUCUUUCCAAAACCACAUCAGUUAUAUGCCACAAUACCAUAUGCUUUUGUGUUACUGAUCAUCCGGUUCUUCAGUGAAAGGUAUGUUGCUAUACCUCUAGCAAAAGCCUUGGGUAUAAAGAAUGUAAGACGUGUGAAGCCGCAGCCUAAUCCUGUUUUGGAGAGUUAUUAUCGAGAGUGCUCAAAACAUCCAUCCCCAUCAGAGAUUCAAGGCCUGGCCAAAAAGUGCAACUGCACAGCCCACCUGGUGGAGAAGUGGUUUAGGAGGCGGCGAAACCUCGAGAUCCCAACGGUGCUUCGGAAAUUCCAGGAAGCUUUUUGGCGAUUUUCAUUCUAUCUUACAUCCUCCAUUGCUGGAUUUAUAGUUCUUUGUGAUAAACCUUGGUUUUACGACAUAUGGCAGACGUGGGUUGGCUAUCCAUUUCAGACUCUGCUGCCAUCCCAAUACUGGUACUACAUGAUCGAGAUUAGUUUUUACUGGUCUCUCUUAUUUACACUCGGAAUUGACAACAAAAGGAAGGAUUUUCUGGCUCACGUCGUCCAUCACUUGGCAGCCAUUGGGCUGAUGAGUGGCUCUUGGUGUGGCAAUUACGUGCGGGUUGGAACACUGGUGAUGUUUGUGCACGAUAUUGCAGAUUUCUGGCUUGAGGCAGCCAAAAUGUUUAAUUACGCUCACUGGGAGAAAACCUGCAAUAUUCUCUUUAUCAUCUUUUCUGUUGCAUUCUUCUUCACAAGAAUCAUCCUGUUCCCCUUCUGGAUACUCCGUUGCACGCUGUAUCAGCCCACAUACUACUCCACGACUCCUGUCAUCGCAUACUUUUUAUUCAAUGGGAUGCUAUUGACCCUUCAAGGCUUGCAUUUAUAUUGGGGUUACUUAAUUUUCAAGAUUCUGAGAAGAUUCAUUUUCUUAAAGGACUUAAAAGAUGACCGGAGUGAUGAAGAGGAGGAAGAUUCUGUUACAGAUAAUGAAGAGGAUCCCACAAAAAAUGGCAACAAGAAUGGCUGUGGGUCAAGCAAACAUCUCCUAAACAGCAGUCACCACUAGCCACCUCCUGCAGUGAUUUUUGCUCUGUUUUUAACCCAACCUACAGGAUAGAAUUUAAGUCAAAAGGCUUAUGAGAGACUGUGAUUGAUUUAUUGUUGGCUACUGGAGCUGGAAAACAGCCCAGUUUAGAGGGGAGGGAAAAAUUGCAUAACAUGACAAAAUGUGUUAAUGACCCACUUUCUGAAUCCUUGUUAAGUGUUUGGACACACUGCCUGUUCUGCUCUGACAGUGUCUGCAAGCUCAGCUCAGGAGGGUCAGAUCAUUUACUGCCCCAUUGAUUCCAACGUUGGUUUUCAAUCUGGUGUAAGGUGUAUUUCACCAAGCAGUUUAAUUCACAGAUGUUUUGUGGUAGGUGGGUAGUGUGAACUCUACUAGGAACCAAAACUACUCAGCAUAGGAAAAGAACUAACAUUGUUGUACAGUGACUAACAUCUUAGUCUUUUCAGUUUUUAACUGCCAUCAAAGUGGCUGUUUUUGGGCAGUUAGAUUUCAUGUCCUGAAGGCCAGUGGAAGCUGACAUGGAGGACGUCAAAUUACUUUAUUGUAAAGAGCUGACUUCUCUGUAGGACUUUAGUCUUUCUCCAAAAUAUGCCAUAUGAUAGAUAGCUCAAAUACUGUGUUCUGAGGUUUACCUGUCAAGGAAGUCACUGCUAAACCAGCAAAACUCAGCCUCAGUUCUCCAUUGAGAUCCAGGUUUCCCAGAUGUCUUUUAUCUCAGUCAUUUUGGCCCAGUGUUGGAACAGAAGCUGCAGUGGGGAGGGAAGAUAGAGAAUGAAAAUUUGGUCUUCUCCCAGGUUCUUUUGCAUUUCUUGUUUGUCUUCAGAACUGCUGCACACCCCCUGCUCCUGACACAUCUUUUUCUUGUGAGCUUGUCUCACACAGCACUGGAUGACUGCUCAGGAAGGAGUCUGCUCAAUUCUGUUUUGUGGUCCCUGGGUGUCCUCUGCACCUAUGGGGGCACUGGGGGAGGAGACAAGCAAGGGAUGUCCCAUCAUCAGGGCUGUGUAUCCAUUUGAUAUCAGGGUCUGUAUUUCCACCUCUGCUCUUUUUGAAAAUUGGGAAUCACGUCAGCUAGAGCCAAACUUGGCUGUGAGUGUGUGGCUUAGGCCACGUACUGCUGUUCCUGCUGUAACAAGUGGAGGAACAGUGAAUGUUUUAUCAGCCUCUCCUACCACAAGUGCCUCUAUCCUACGUCUGCAUUUUUGUUCUGGCACCAGUGCAGGGCACAGCAGUGUUUUUAGUCCUGGGGCUUUCCAAGGAGAGCCUGGGCUCUUCAGCAGGGCAGUACCAGCCUCAUUUCCAGGUGCAUUUAGCUCACAGGGUCAUAAAUGAUGUCUCAUAAUUUUCAGAGGUGAGAAGCUCUCCAUGAGGUUCUACAGUAGCUGAGAUCAUCUGGUGAACUAAAUCCAGUAGCUUGAGAGAGACCAGGGGCACCAGAGCUAGAACAGCCUCCGUGCAGAGCUUUUGAUUCAGAAAGGCUGUUUUCCCUUUCAGGCUGCUCAGGCAGGAACUUGGUGACCUAUGGGAAGCACUAGAUGAGGGACUUGUUUUCUUAAGAUUUCCUUGGCAAAGGGGAGUAUAAUUCAGUGGCUGAAGCAUUUGAAAGGAUGGGAAAUGUUUGGGAUCUCAGAUAUGAACUGUUUUUUCUGCAGUUACAAGAAACUGUAGGAGUAUUUUGUUACAGAGUCAGGCAGUAUGAAAAAAUAUAUAUAUAUGGUCUGUUGAACUAGGCUGUGUUUGAUUUUUUAGUUAUAUUUUGGACCAUAUAAUACCUCAGAUGUUCAUUUUUUGGCACAAAGAGUUACACUGAGAAAGGAGUAUGGCCUACAGCUUCUGAGAAGGAUGGGACAUGUGCAGUGGUGGGACAGGAAUCCCGAGGCUGUGGUUGCAGUUCAGCAGUGGGAUGCUUGGGAUGAAUUCCCUCAGUUAGUUGCUGUGCUGCAGUGUGGUUCCUUACAAAGCUGUGGAGAAUUCCUUAAAUACUGCAGUGUGGGUUUAUUUGGAGUGUAAGUACUUAUUACAUCAUGGAAAGCAACUGGUGAGGUUGGCAGGGUCACAGUUGCUUAUCGGGGCUGUUUAUUGCCUCCGUGAACAGAACUGGCCUCUCCUGACAGAAAGUCUUGGAGGCUUUACACUCCCUUGGAGAGCAGUGGAGACGAUGAUACUUUCUACAAGACAUAACGGGGUUUGGGGAGGUGGCCAGGGUAUUAUCAUUUGAUUUUGGUCCCAGAAAGCUUUCCCCCUGGGACUAGGAAAGGAAUUCAGGAAAGGAAACACAAGGAAUGAUGUUGUCACAGGAGUGAGUCUCUGAACAACUACUGAGUUUUCGACUGGAAUUUAUAGUCUACUUGAGGCCAAAUCUUACCCUUCCUACUUGGACAAGUCUCCCACUGAAGCCAAUUAACUCUGUUGGAGUUUUGCCUAGGAAAAACUUUGGGUUGCAGUUAUCCAACCUAAUUACAAGACCUGUUGUUUAAAAUCAAUGUGAAACUGGGGUCUUAAAGGAAGAGCAAAAGGCAGAGCAAUACACUGAAACAUCAAAUGUUUUGGCAAAUGUGAGGUGAGUACAGAAGAAUAUGGAGAAAAUAAUGUCCUGCAGGUAAAGAUAAAGUCUAAGCACAGUAAACAACCAAAUAACUACAUCAAGUUGCAGUUUGGGCUAUGGAAGGAAGGCCCUGGAAGGCCUUCCAGCGGGUCACUGAGACUGCCACCCAAAGUAACAAGACCCAAAAAUUCUGAACAGAAACCACUGUGGACAAAUCCCCACAGCACAGAAGAACAGACUGUCACAGCAGGGCUGGACACGUGUCCUGUGUUAACAUCAGAUUUGUCAUUCCUGAAGUCACAUGUUUCGUUGUCCAUUUUUUGCUGGUAGAAACUCAGAAGCAGGAAGCUGAGGUCAUGAGGAACACAAUUGGUGCUAAAUAAAUGAAUGUGAUGGUGCUUCCAGAUUUUCAGUCUAUUCGAUGCCCUUCACGUUUUUUUAAUUUUGUUGUGAAAUGCAAGUGCAGAACAAUAGUAGGUAAUGGGUGUGAGCACAGAAGACAGGCUCCAACACAUUAUUUUGAUCAUUUUCACAAAAUGGGUCCUGGGUUAAUGAUUUGACACUGUGCAUCUGGCCCUGCUGUCACUUUGACCAUGCCAAAAUAUUUGUGAUAAAAUUAUAGACCAAAAGUGAAAUCUUAGUCCAUGAGACAGCAGGAACUCUUCUGUUCCAUUUAAUUUCUCUGAAUUUUGUUCAGGUUUUCCUGUCCAUGUGUACCAUGCUUCCCCUGUACUCAUUCACUGUAUAGAUUCACCAGUCCACCCUGAAUUUGAUGUAUAGAUCUCCUUUACUCCACAGGACUCAUUUUGUCAAUUUGUGUAAUUCAGUAUAAAUAUCUAUUUUUUGUUGUUCUUAAUGCCACUGGAUUUGUUUGGUCUGUUGUGCUACACACAAUAAAUCAAUGUUUUUAAAAAACAGGUA